AUGUCCAAAAUUGUUAAAUUUUUAAAAGAGUUAGCUACUCCAUCUCACUCUAUGGAAUUUUUCCAUAAACCAGCAUCAAACUCUUUACUUGAUGCAUCAGAACUCAAUUUUGUUAGAAGAAAUAUUAAAAGAGAGGAUUUCGGUCAUGAAGUCUUAACAGGUGCUUUUGGUACAUUAAAAUCACCAGUUAUUGUUGAAUCAAUUUUCCAUAGCAGAAUUGUUGCCUGUGAAGGUGGUGAUGGUGAAGAACAUGAUAUUCUCUUCCAUACUGUUGCUGAAAAGAAACCAACCAUUUGUUUAGAUUGUGGUCAAGUUUUCAAACUUAAACACAUUAGCUCUGAAGGCGAAGUUAUGUACUACUAA